AUGUCCCUGCAGGAUGGUGGCCUGGAACAGGAUGAUGCAGGGUCUUCUAGCAUGGCAGCCCUGCGACAUGGCAGUGAGGCUCAGGAUGGCCGGGGCACCCAGGUGUACAUCGGCGACCUCCCACAGGACUUCCUGCGCAUCACGCCCACGCAGCAGCAGCAGCAGAUCCAGCUGGAUGCCCAGGCGGCCCAGCAGCUGCAGUGUGGCGGGGCCCUGGGCACCGUGGACCGCCUCAACAUCACCGUGGUGCAGGCAAAGUUGGCAAAGAAUUAUGGCAUGACCCGCAUGGACCCCUACUGCCGCCUGCGCCUGGGCUACGCAGUGUACGAGACGCCCACGGCUCACAACGGCGCCAAGAACCCGCGCUGGAAUAAGGUCAUCCACUGCACGGUGCCCCCGGGUGUGGACUCGUUCUAUCUCGAGAUCUUUGACGAGCGAGCCUUCUCCAUGGACGACCGCAUCGCCUGGACCCACAUCACGAUCUCUGAGUCACUGCGACAGGGCGAGGUGGAGGACAAGUGGUACAGCCUGAGCGGCAGGCAGGGCGACGACAAGGAAGGCAUGAUCAACCUGGUCAUGUCGUUUGCGUCACUGCCAGCUGCCAUGGUGAUGCCACCCCAGCCCGUGGUCCUGAUGCCAACCGUGUACCAGCAGGGCGUUGGCUAUGUGCCCAUCACAGGGAUGCCCGCUGUCUGCAGCCCCGGCAUGGUGCCCGUGGCCGUGCCCCCAGCAGCCGUGAGCGUGCAGCCCCGAUGCAGCGAGGAGGACCUGAAGGCCAUCCAGGACAUGUUCCCCAACAUGGACAGGGAGGUGAUCCGUUCUGUGCUGGAAGCCCAGAGGGGGAACAAGGAUGCCGCCAUCAACUCUCUGCUGCAGAUGGGCGAGGAGUCCUAGGCCUGCCUGCUGCCCCUUGCUGCCUCGGUGCCACCGGCUCUUU